AUGGAGGAGGACGUCAAGGGUCUCGAGGAUCUUGCGGGACCAUUUCUCAGCUUCGAGGAAAUUAAAGAGAUGGCAGCGCGGCGCCUAGCGCUCCAAGAAGCAGCGGAGGAGUUGGCUCAAGCAGCGGUUUCGCCACCCGCGGGAGGACAAAUAUCAGGAUCGCAAGCCGCUAUUUCACUUCCUGAGGUUACGAGCCCCAGUAGUGCUCCACAAGCGGAACAAGGGGAGAAGUUUGCUCACAUGCAACCAGAUCCGCGUCCAGAAGCACCGCAGCCGUGGAUCACCAAGCAGUCAAAAAAGGGACGAUCGAGAGGUUUGUCUAAAGCGGCCACGGGCCAGGUAACAGCGGUGGCCUCACAGGUGCGGACAGGAGGGCAGGCGCUUAUAGGCGAGGAUGGUGAGGACUGGGCCGAGGAGACAAAAACUAGUUCGGAUGCGUCGGAAGAGAUCAGGGUGCUUCAUUCACGGUCAGCCGGGGCACUUAAUCCAACGAAGGGCCUAUCUGACGGGGCCGGCCCGGAAGCAACAGGGGGCUGGACGUGGGUCGGCUCCGAGUACGACGGUUCCAGUGCUGAUGACUCUCAAGCGGAACGAGAGAGGAUCCUUUCACAAUUGGUCGCGGAUUUGGGUCGGCUGCCCAAGGCUUUGACGCCAGUACGAGCACGAGCAACAGACGCCCCGACGGACGAAGCGGAGUUAACGUCCCAACUUGCGAUUUACCCGGUAAUCACACCAGCUACUGGUAAUUGUCUUGCCAUGGCUAUUGCCCAAGCGGCAACGGACGCGUCCCUGGACGGUCCAGACAGGCAUCUGGAGCUACUGACAGCCUGCAUUAAACGGGGGAUUAAAUUUUCGGGCUCGCUGGAUCCGGAGGAUCAGUAUGCUCACGAUCAUAGAGUUCAUGCUCUGGCUAGCGUCAGCAGAGGUUGGCCGACGAUGACUCACAAGGAAUCAGCUUCGCAGAUGCGACGGUACCUCGAAGACUAUGCUACCAGCCCGUCCGCCCGAACGGCUCUGACCCACCCGUGGCGAUGCCGUAAAUUUGUACCCACCACGAUCACCCGCCAUCGGCGGAGGGUCGUGACGGCGGCGGAAUAUCCGCUGGGAAUUAUGGACCUCAUGGAUGCAGUAUUAGCGGCAAAAAUUGAGGCACCUGGGCUCCCUCCUCUCGUAUUGCGCUACCAGAAUUGCCACUAUUCCGCUUUUAAUCACUCUGGGAGUUCCAGUCUGUUGCCCGACUUGUUGGCGGAGACAACACCACUUGAUCAGACGGCUGCUGGUACGUCGGUGGAUCCGGUUACUCAGGAGGCGACGGCGCCUGUACCCGAGACGUCUGGACAGCUAGCAGGGAUACUAGUCUUACGGGAUGACUUUAUCGACGCGUCAACGGAGGUCCUGAGUAGACAUAGACCGGACGAUUGCAACGCGCUAGCACUGGUGGAGCGGCAGUUUAGCUGUUCUACGAUUCCCUCAGCGCCUCCAGCAAGAAUGCGACCCCCUCCCCCCGCUGAUCGUAAAAGGGCGCUUGUGGCGUCUCAAAUUUUGCAGAUAUCAGAUGGGACGGACAGGUCGCAGCGCGCCAAGGAAGCGGUAGCUAAGAGAGGAAGGCGAGACCCAGGGCCUCAGCUCCCCUUAGGCGAUGAGGCAAACGAGCGCGUCGACCGAACGGACUGGGCAGCAGCGUGGGAGCUUAUGAUAUCGAUGUGGCCAAACCCGAAACAGAUUCCAUUUUCUCUCGCCAGUAGCUCGACGUUAGAAUGGCAGAGGGUCGCUGGUCAUGUGCCCGAUCACUUAAUCUGGCUAGUCAAGAGGUCCACAUUUCCGGGUGAGCUUCUUCAGAUCCUGGACCCGUCUGUUUUAGUCCAUUGGAUGGAGGAGAACCGGCGCGGCUGUUUGGUAGAUGGACUGCGGCGGUAUCGCGAGCAACCUGUCAGUCAGCACACGACACAGUGGCUCGACCAAUGGAUCCGAAACUCGCAGCACCGCACCGAUUCCGUCGUUUUGGCGCCGCUUAUGGACAGAUCCGAUGAUUGGGGCCGGUUGAGGGAACAAGAUUAUGCGGGGGAUGAUUUACUAAAAUUUUGCGAUCCCCAGCGGAAAGCGAAGCUGAGCCAACACUUAGUGUGUGCGCUAGUGUACGAUCGAGAGAUAGCAGCGCUAGUGGAAGGGGUUCCAGCGGAUACGCGCGUGUCCGAGAAGAUCCGAUCACAUAUCCCAAUACUGAGCACGAAUGCUUUGUACAGGAAGGCGUAUUACUCGUCCGCCAGCGUGGCUGACUGGGCGGCGAUUGAGCGGUUUUUCUACUCAGGGCUCACCCGUCCUGCGGAGACGUAUCUCCUCCAGUACUAA